AUGCUAUUAAAUCUCACAAGCUCCUCUCGGUUUGAAGGUACUAUGAAUGUUGAUUUAAAUGAAAUCAGUAUGAACUUAGUUCCAUUUCCUCGCUUACAUUACCUGAUUGCUUCACAAAGCCCUUUAUCAACCAUCUCUGGCAUAUCAGCUCCUAGAAAGCUCGACCAAAUAUUUUCAGAUACAUUCACCAGAGAUUAUCAGUUAAUGUCUACUGAUCCUUGUAGACAUGUUUACCUAGCGGCUGCUCUACUUGUUCGUGGUGCAAUCAGUGCAUCAGAUCUCCGUCGAAAUAUUGACAAACUUCAAUCUCGCUUAAAUUUUGUUCCAUGGAACCGAGAAGGUUGGAAAGUUGGACAUUGUUUAGUUCCACCAGUGGAUCAUAAAUACUGUCUAUUAGCUCUAGCUAACAACACUUCUAUUCAUGAAUCAUUCAGUUUUAUUUUGGAACGAUUCUAUAAACUAUAUAGGAAAAAGGCACAUUUACAUCAUUAUACAACUGUCGACGGUUUUGAUACUAGUAUGUUUGAAUCAAGCACUAAUUCACUUCAGGAAUUAAUAACUCAAUAUACGGAUUUUGAAAAACAGUCUAAUGCACAAGCACUACCAAAUUUACCACAGUUAGAGAUUAUGGAUUGA